AUGCCUAUACUCAAAAUUCCAAUUAAACAUCAUUUAGGAAUAGUUUCUCAAUCUCAACUCGAGGAAUUAAUAAAACGUCACAGAAAAAAGGCAGAAGAAACUGGAAAUGUUACUGCUAGAAUAAAGCGCAAAAGAAAUCCCCUUGAAACAGCAGAAUACUUUAUUGAAAAAUACAACCAAGCGCAAGGUAGCAAGGAGCAGGAACAAUAUGAAAACCUUGCAAAAGAAUUCCUUAGUCGAUGGAAGCGCCUUGCAGGGUUCACAGCUGUUGGUGAAGGCAAACAUGUUGAUCUCCCAAGGGCCUGGACACAGCUUCUCCUGCUGAGCUUGAGCAAUGGAAACGUUAGAAAUGAUUCACUGGAUGUCCUGGUGGUGUCACUGGAUCAUGCACCCUUUCACGCAGAUCAGAUCCCUGUGCUCUUCCACCUGGUAGAAUCAGUCCAGCAUUUCCUUUGCUCAAACACAACUCUGUCAGAACAGCCAUGUUCAUAUGAGAAGAAGAUGCUGCAGCUUGGUUAUUUGGUGUCUUUGAGGCUGUUCAUCUUUCAACUAACCGGUAUGAAUGGACAAGAGCUAAGCAACAUGUAUCUUCACAGGUUAAAAGAGCUGGUGAAGUGUGAGACAUGCUACCAAGAGUUCCCCGACAUGUUAUUUGCUGUUCAGUUGAUGCUGCGCGUCUGGGAGGUUCUGUGUGGUCUCAGACUUACAGAGGACAAUGCAGCGCAGGUCUCUGUGGAAGCACAAGAGCAUGGUGUUAACCAGGUCCUACUGCAGUGCCUUCUCAGCUAUCACUGUGUGCAAAACAAUGCCACUCAGCUCCCUCAAGUGAUCAAACAGCUUAUGUUGCUGAGAGAUAAGCUUCAGCAUGACAACUGGGUCGAGUGUGGGUUAGGACUGAUGAUUCUGGGAGAGGCUGCCAAAUCUAGUAUGCUGUGCCUUCAAGCACUUAUGAAUCUUCACAUGACUCAAAGACAGGAAAUGGCAUCACAGACAGCAUCCUGGCCAUGGCAAUUGGAGCACAUAUUCUGCUCCAUUUUGAUCAACAUUUGCCAGAACAGCCACUGUACUGAAAUUAAGAAAACCGCAUUAAAUGGAAAGUCAAACUCUACUACCCCCAGAUGUUACGGAGGACUUAUAACCUUGCUAAAACAACUGCAUGAAGACAAAUGGAGGCUGAGGUAUAUUGUGGUUCAGGGUUUGGUUCAGAUUAGCCAAAGGAUCACUCUUCAGGAAGAUCUGAGGAACAUGGCUUGGUCAGCACUACAGAAACAUCUAAACCAGGAGACAAACCCCUGUGUCAUCAAUGCUGCAACAAUCAUUGAGGGUGAUAAAAGGCUCCUGGAGAAGCACAGAGAGAGGAUGAGGAGUUCACGCACAGAUAAUGCAUGUGUAUGUGCAGUGAGCAAACAGAUCCCUAGGCGUUUGGCACAUGCUCUUUCCGAAAUCUGCCCUCCAGUUCAAUUCAGUGCUCAGUCUGCUGACCAGCGGCACAGAGUAAAACCCCCCAAACUCACAGCCUGGGCUGGAAGAAGGCGGACAGAGUCAAACACACCCCACAUCUUUACUAAAGACGCCUGCAAGACACCAAGACAGGGUCAACAUGGAGCUUCUCAUAUGGACCUGAGAACCAGGACUGACCUCGAUCUGAUUAAAGUUGUGGAAGAUCAAUGGCAAAAGGAAUUGAAAAUAAGGGAAAGAGAGGAAGAGAUGGAAAAGACAGAGCUGGAAAAAAGAAAGGAAGAGGAGAAGAUCAUAAAGCGCAUGGAAAAGGUUAAAAAGAACACAAAACCUUAUGAGUUACCAUGA